AUCAUUCGACAUCAUUCGCUUAUCAUCAUCAUUAUUAGUUACAUCCAACCAAAAAAAAUGAUUCGAUUUGCCAUUUUUUCAUUAGUAUUGUGUGCAGUUUCAUUUGUUACUGAUGCUCAAUACACUAAAGCUAAAAAUUGUUCAGUAGAUGUUUUCGAUGCUAGUUUUGCUAAAGCAUAUGGUCAUUUUGGUCUUGAUUAUUUGGGUUUGCCCGAAACACAAGCUAAAUUAAAAGAAUAUUGUCGAAAUAUUACUAAUAAUAAAGUUUUGUCAAAAGAUUUUGGUGAACGUUGUUUGACCGGUACAUCACAAACAUUAUUAAAUCUUCAGGUGUACAAUGUUGAUCGUGUAAAUAAACCAUAUUGUGCUAAAAAUGGAAAAAAACGAGAAGCAUUUGUUCGAUGGUCUAAAUGUGGUAAUGCUGCAAAACCGGAAACAAAAAAAUGUUGGGAUAAAAUGAAUGAAGGCAUGAAUUUAGCUCGUAAAGUUGCCAACAAUAAAUCACGUAUACCAAUUGUUUGUUGUAAAUAUUAUGCCUGGAUUAAAUGUAACAGUAAUGCAUGGAAAAAAACUGCCGAUUGUGAUCAAGAAUCAAUUGAAGGUUAUGAACAAUUAAUUCAUAAAGCAACUGUUGAUUCAAUGAAUUUAAUCUGUAAUCGUUAUGAAGAUGAUGAUGCUAAAUGUUCAAAAUUGUUUGAAGAGAUACCUAAAAAGAAAGCCAAAGAUCUUCGACCAACACCAAUUACUUAUAUUUUCGAUAUUUUUGAAUCAUUGUAAAUCAAAAAAAAAGAAAAACAUUGAUCAAUUGAAACAAUGAGAAUUUAAGUGAAAUGAAACAACAACAAAAAAUGAAUAUUUCUUUUGAUUUUUUUUUUACCAGAUAACAAUACCGAUUCGUGUAAUCUCAUAAUUCUAAACCAAAUAACUUACAAACACUUAAAAUUGAUUUAAUGAUUAAAUAAAAAAAAAAUAUUGUUUUUUUUGAA